AUGGUGUCUGCUAAAAGAGAUUCGGUACACGGGGAGGCGACCAAUGGGGAGCAGCAAAUCACAGAACCAAAAGGUCGCAACGAUGCCUUGCUGGCCGAGCAAAAGAUUACCUUUUUAGCCUGCUUCCAGGGCGGCGUUGCCAGCUUGGGAGGCUUCAUUUUUGGAUACAUCAGCGGUCAGAUAUCCGGCUUCUUCCUCAUGCAGGACUUCAAGGAGCGAUUCGGCGAACGGCAACUCGAUGGAUCCUACAACUUCAGCGCCGCCAGGCAAGGCACCAUUGUAGGACUCGUCAGCAUCGGCGCCCUCAUCGGCUCGCUGAUUGCGGGCAAAAUGGCCGACCUCAUCGGCCGCAGGCUGACCAUUUCGGCCGCCGCCUUCUUCACCUGCGUCGGCACCAUCAUCGAGAUAUCGUCCUCGUACCACUGGGCCCAGUUCGCCGUCGGGAGACUGGUCAGCGGCGUGAGCAUCGGCGCCCUGUCCGUCGUCGUGCCCAUGUACCAGUCCGAGUGUGCUCCUGCCGUCAUCCGCGGCGUCAUCGUCGCCUCGUACCAGCUCCUCAUCACCCUGGGCAUCUGGACGGCCGAGAUGGUCAACUGGGGCACCGAGGCCAAGACGGACAGCUCCUCGUGGCGCAUCCCCAACGGCCUGUCCUUUGCCUGGGCUCUCAUCCUCGGUUCCACCAUCUUGUUCAUGCCCGAGAGUCCGCGGUACGACUGCAGCCGCGGCCGCGUCGACCGCGCGCGCCUCGCCAUCGCCAAGCUGUCCGGCCUCGCGCCCGACUCCGAGGGCGUCAACCACCAGCUCGCUGAUAUCCAGAACAAUCUCCACGAGGAGAGCCGAAGCGCCGACCAGUUCCGCCUGAGCGAAAUCUUCACCGCGCCGCGCAUGCUGUAUCGCACCGUUCUCGGCAUCGUUCUCCAGGCCGGCCAGCAACUGACGGGUGCCAACUUCUUCUUCUACUUUGGCACCACCGUCUUUGCCGCCACGGGAAUCAGCAACAGCUACGUGACGCAGAUCAUCCUCGGAUCCGUCAAUGUCUUUUGCACAAUCAUUGCCUUGUGGGUGACGAAGCGGUUCGGCCGUCGCAACACUCUAAUGAUUGGCGCCGCGUGGAUGAUGAUGUGCUUCCUUGUAUACGCCUUUGUCGGCCAUUUCGCCCUCGACCACGACAACCCCAUGAACACACCCAAGGCAGGUUCCGCCCUCGUCACAUUCUCGUGCCUGGCCAUUGCGGCUUUUGCCGUCAGCUGGGGCCCGUUGGUCUGGGCCGUCAAUGCCGAGUUGUACCCCCUUCGUUAUCGCAGCACCUGCAUGGGUCUGGCCACGGCCUCCAACUGGCUAUGGAACUUCCUGAUAUCAUUCUUCACACGAUUCAUCACCGACGAGAUUGACUACCUCUACGGCCUGGUCUUUGCUGGCUGCUGCGCCGCCCUCGUCGUGAUUGUCUUCUUCUUCGUGAUUGAGUCGAAAGACCGCAGUCUGGAAGAGAUUGACACCAUGUAUGUCCAGAAAGUCAAUCCCAUCACGUCUGGCCACACGUCUGGCCACUGGAACACGAAUGACUACCGCCAGGACAUCAGGAGGCGCAGCGAGGCUCAAACCGAGACGGACUAA